CAAGAACAAAACAGAUAUACCAAGAACAAAAGGAAAAAGAGUAAAAACAAAAGAAGAACAAGAUGAAAAGCAAAAUGCGAGUUUAGUGAUCCAUGCGGUGUACGGUUCACACCAUAGCUUUAUCUCAACCACACCGCGUAGUUAUAGAGGGAGAGAGACGAGUUGCCCAAAUAAAAUAGAAAACAAAACAAAACAAAACAUCCUUCUUCUUCUUCUUCUUCUUCUUCUCCGCUCUUUCUCUCUCGCUCGUUCCGGUCCCCUUCCUCCUCCCCCUUGUCGCUCUCUUUUGAUGCUCUCUUCCGAUCCGCAGCGAAAGCUUCAGGAGAACAACUGAGAGCUCGCUCGUUCUGAUUUAAUCUAUCCUAUCUCUUCCCCGAGAUCGCUGCGCCACCCAAAAUUUCCCACGGAUUCAUCCCGUCGUCAAGUGAAUGGGAAAUUUCGUUGUCGGCGAUUUGGAGCUAACGUGGGAGUGGGAUUAGGGUUUUUGCCUUGCUGCGAAUUACCGAUUCCAAUUGCUCGUGUUUUUGAAGGUAUCAGUCACGUGUUUCUUUUGAAAUUCGGUUUUGUUUUACUUCCAUAUUUGGGGAAUUCCGGAUCUCAAGAGGCUGGGAUAAGGCUGUCUGAGGGGAAGGGGAAAGAAGACCAGUGUGGCAUUUCCCUCUUCUUCCGAUCUCCUGUAAGAUCAAGAGGAGUCUAAGUUACCGUUGAGGAUCCCAAACUGAAAAUGCAGGAUGCCUGAGUUGCAGUUGCAGGCAGGGAGACAAGAGAGAGGACUGCCAGUGUGUAUGGGGAGAAAUGUGCAGAAUUGAGACGAGUGGUAGGAAGUGUGUUGAAAUUGGACAAGGCAGAGGGAGAGAGGAGGAGGAUAUGGGAGGAGGAGGAGGGUUGGUGAAAGGAGUGGACAAAGUGAAGACUUCUUCCAAGUAUAAAGUCAAGCUCUGGAUUUUUCGUGCAACAACUUCCGUCUUGUUGUGGACCUGUAUCGUUCAAUUGACCACCGUCGGCGAGCUGUGGGGGCCUAGGGUUUUGAAAGGAUGGCCUUCCUGUUUCUCCUACGAAUCAGCUUCCGUUCUGCAGGAGAAGCUUCCGGAAGUUCCAGCUCGCCUUUUGCCACCCAAGAGGGUUUACAAAAACAAUGGAUAUCUUGUGGUUUCGUGCAAUGGAGGUCUAAAUCAAAUGAGAGCUGCGGUGAGUGGUCAGCUGGUUUCCUUGAUAUGUGACAUGGUUGCCAUAGCAAGAUACUUGAAUGUCACUCUUAUUGUCCCAGAGUUGGACAAGACCUCCUUUUGGGCUGAUCCCAGUGAGUUCCAGGACAUAUUUGAUGUUGAUCAUUUCAUCACAUCACUCAGAGAUGAGGUCCGGAUAUUGAAAGCAUUGCCUCCCCGCCUGAAGAGGAGAGUGGAACUAGGGAUGAGUUAUUCGAUGCCACCAAUUAGUUGGUCAGAUAUAUCCUACUACAGUGACCAGAUUCUUCCUUUGAUACAGAAGUACAAAGUCCUUCAUCUUAACAGAACAGAUACAAGACUAGCAAACAAUAAUCAGCCUCUAGAAAUUCAGAAGCUACGUUGUCGUGUGAAUUUCGGUGCACUUAGAUUCACUUCUCAAAUUGAGGAGCUGGGUAAAAGAGUUAUAAGACUUCUCAGGCAAAAUGGUCCUUUCUUAGUACUUCACCUGAGAUAUGAAAUGGAUAUGUUGGCAUUCUCUGGUUGUACUCAAGGCUGUAAUAUUGAAGAAGUGGAAGAACUGACAAGAAUGAGAUAUGCUUAUCCAUGGUGGAAAGAGAAGGUAAUAAAUUCCGAUCUUAAAAGGAAAGAUGGAUUGUGCCCUUUGACUCCAGAGGAGACUGCCCUUACUCUGAGGGCACUGGACAUUGAUCCAAGCAUGCAGAUCUACAUAGCUGCUGGUGAAAUAUAUUGUGCAGAGAGGCGAAUGGCAACCCUUGCAGCAGCUUUUCCAAAGCUGGCGAGAAAGGAAACGCUCUUGGAACCAUCAGAUCUGAGGUUCUUUCAGAAUCAUUCGUCCCAGAUGGCAGCUUUGGACUAUCUCGUUGCAUUGGAGAGUGACAUAUUUGUCCCCACCUAUGAUGGAAACAUGGCCAAAGUUGUUGAAGGCCACCGCAGAUUUCUUGGGUUCAAGAAGACGAUAUUACUGGAGAGAAGGCUAUUGGUUGAUUUGAUAGACCAGUAUACGAAUGGGUCAAUGAGUUGGGAUGAGUUUUCGGAUGCCGUGAAGGAAGCACAUGCCACUAGGAUGGGGAGCCCAGGCAAAAGGCUAGUGAUCCCAGACAGGCCUAAGGAAGAGGAUUACUUCUACUCCAACCCUGAAGAAUGUCUGCAGCAGUCGGGCGAGACACUAUUGAGUAGUACGUGAUGAUUCGUUUUAUAGGAAAAUUUAGUUAAGAAAUUGGAAAUUCAGAUAGAAAUAUCUCCUCCCUCCCAUGCAUGGUGCUCCCAUUUAGCAAUGCAUAGAGAAGAUAGUGCAGAGGAGGUGGUAUGAUGGCUUGGGGCUGAAGGAGUGAUGAGUGGAAGGAAGGAGGCUUUUGAUGAAAGCAAGCGAUAUAUCAAUGGCGUUUAAUGGUGGGGAGUGUUUCCUCAAUCUUCUUAUUAAUAUGCAAAUAAUUCAUUUCUCAUUGUACAGAAGAAGAACAUGAAGAAGAGGAAAGAGCCCUGUCAUUACAGGGUGUGAGAGUUCUGAAAUCAAUGAACCAAGACCAGGGUGAAAAGAAAUACUUGUACUUGCACACAGAAAAUGGGGUGGGGGUAAUGCGUAUAUAGAUCUGCUGAUCAUAUGCUUUUUUACGAAGAUUGUGUCCUCUACCGGAGGGGGAUAGUUUAAUCUUCCUUCCAUUUUGUUCUCUCUCUCUCUCUCUCUCUCUCUUUUUUUUUUUUUUAAUUUGUUCCACAUUACGUAUUGUUCUUGAGUUUUCAGUAGUGACAGUUUAUUCUUCAAAUCAUUUAAGAUUUGAGAGUUAUCAUUUGUUCCUUACUAGUGCUGGACUGUAUUUGGUUCCCAAACCGAUGUGGGUUGGAAUGAUGAUUGAUUGCCAACUAUAACCCCAUCAUUAGGAGGCUUUGAUUAUUGCCUAUUGAUGUAUGUAUGUAUUAUUUAUGGAAAAAGCAGUUCUUGGCUGAAAAAAAAGUGGAUAAUUUUUUCCUAGUUGACUGCAA